UGACCCUUAGGGACGGACGUGCGUCAUGGUGGACUACUACGAAGCGCUGGGUGUGAGCCGGAACGCCACUGCCGAUGACAUCAAGAAGGCGUACAGGAAGGCUGCGCUGAAAUGGCACCCAGAUAAAAACCCUGACAACAAGGAAUAUGCUGAGCAGAAGUUCAAGGAAAUCGCCGAGGCCUAUGAAGUGCUGUCGGACAAGCAAAAGCGUGAUGUCUACGACUGUUAUGGCAAAGAUGGCCUCAUGGGUGCAGGGCCAGGGGGCUCCAGGGCUGGUGCAGGAGCCCCCGAAUUCACCUUCACCUUCCGCAGCGCUCACGACGUUUUCCGGGAGUUCUUCGGUGGGCGAGACCCCUUCGCUGACUUCUUCGAUGAGAUGUUGCCCUUUUCUGACCUGCGAGGACCUGGUCCCCGGCACCACGGACCAGGCCAAUUCUUUUCUCCCUUCCCAGGAUCCUCAGAUUUCUUCGCCUCGUCCUUUGGCUCUGGAGCUGAUGCAGGGCUGGGCUUCCGCUCCGUCUCCACCUCCACCACCUUCGUCAACGGCAAGCGCAUCACCACCAAGAGGUGA